UUUACAUGAUGUAACAGCUCAUACGUCUGUAGGUUCAUUUGAUAUAACAGCAUAAGAGGUAUGUCGCUGCCAGGAGUCCUGUUGGUGCUGAUGGUCCAAAUAUCAUAUUUUGUUGCUAUGGCUACCAUACACAAACCUGGUAAUUUACCUAAGGUGGCGUUUAUUCAUCCUGGUGAUUAUAAAAUAGGGGCUAUUCUCUCCGUCCAUAUUACUUCUCCAGAUAAGAUGUGCGGUGAUCGUAUCCGUGAAUUUGCCGUGUAUCAGAACCUAGAAAGCAUUGCGUUCGCCGUGGACGAAAUCAACGGACGGAAUGAUCUGUUGCCCAACAGGACACUUGGUUUUGUAAUACUUGAUGACUGCUCCAAAGCAACAUCCUCGUUAACGAGAGCUCUGCAUUUCGUUCAGACGCCAUCUCCAUCAGGUGGAGCUAGCAGCUCAGAAAUGUCCCAUGGAAAGUUCAAAGACUACGAUGUUAUUGGUCUUAUCGGACCGGAGAGUAGUGCAAAUGCAGUUCAGACCGCCGAUUUACUCUCGCUGUUCAAAGUGCCUCAGAUCAGCUACAUCUCUACCAGUCCCUUGCUGAGCAACAAAAGAGUCUUCCCAUACUUCUCUCGGAUUGUUCCUUCGGACAAGCUUCAAGUAGAAGUCCUUGUCGAUUUGGUUACCUACUUUAAUUGGACGUAUGUCUCUAUUGUGUACGAAGAAGGCAGUUAUGGCGCCGAGUUUAAUAAAGCGUUUAAGAACCUGGCCGAGAAGCAAGGUAUCUGUAUGGGUAUAUCGCUGAUUGUGAGAGGGUACUUGACAGACAAAACCGCUGAUAAAGUUGUACAAGAUCUUCUAACAGUGCCCCGUGCUCGAGCUGUCGUUUUGGUGGUAUCAAACAAAAAUAUGGCCACGUUAUUUCGUUCAGUCACACGAUUAGGACGCGUUGGAUACUUCAGAUGGUUGGGUUCCGAUGCAUGGGGCGGCAAUGUGCAGGAUUUCACAGGAAUUGAGGAUGUCGGCCAGGGAUCUCUAACGAUUGGUUUUCAAUCUAGGUUUGUCAAUCGUUUUGAUAAUUCCCUAAAAUAUCUGACAGCAACAAAUGGUUCUUAUAAUCCCUGGUUUUUCGAAUUCUUUGAAAACAGAUACAACUGUAAAUUCUAUCCUGGUAUCAACGAUAAACUCUGUGACAGAAAUAAAAGUUUUGAGGCGGAUUAUUCGCCAUUAUGGACCAGUAGUUUGGUUAUAGAUGCUGUGUAUACAUACGCGUACGCGUUACAUGACGUCAUUCAAGGUUGUAAAGGGGCAGCCAAUGAGAAAAAGUGUGUUGAGCCCGAGAAGAUGUUGAAAGCUAUCCGUAAUUUGACAUUCGAGGGUGAACAUGGUCCGGUGUCAUUCGAUGAAUUUGGUGACGGCAGUGCCACCUAUACAGUUAGAACAUUACGGCGGGUGAAUGAUGGAUAUUCUUUAGAUGAAAUAGCAUUAUGGGAUACCAAUAUCAGAUCUUUUACCUAUUUCAACCCUGAUUUGAUAACAUGGCCGCCUGCCUCGGUGUCAUCGAACAGAUUUCUGGUAUCCACGUGCAGCGACCCAUGUGACCCAGGCUACCAAGCCGUAACUACGCAACCACAUUGUUGUUGGUAUUGUGAAGAAUGCAAUAUUAAUGAAAUUACCCUCUUCAAAAAUGACACGGCCACGUGUGAGGUGUGUCCUAAAGGGGGCGUGUUUGAAUGGCCGGAUCCGACACGGACUAAAUGUCUUCCUAUAGCGAUAAAUGUGCUAUCAAUGCCAGGGUCGGCGGGAACUGUUAUAAGUGCUUUGCUGCUUCUGGUGAUCGUCGGAACGUUCAUAAUUAUCGCUAUUUUGAUGAGGAAUAUUGAAUCUCUCGUGCUAGAAACCAGUUCUGAAGAGUUGUCAUUCUUGAUGUUGAUGGGUAUUAUAGCCUCGAAUAUUCUGACAUUCUCCGCUGUAGUACCACCAACGCAGGGUUCCUGUAAUCUAGUAGUCGGUGCCUUCCAGCUGAGCUUCACAUUUACUUACGGACCUUUCUUAGUGAAGACUAAUCGCAUUUAUAGAAUUCAAAAAGCACAGUUGUUGAAUAUGGAAGCAAAGUUUACAGGAGCAUUACCUAGUAUCAUAUUUACGUUUAUGAUAUAUUUCACUCAGAUCGUCAUUUUGGUUGUGUCAGCUCAUUUUGAUCCACCGGAACCGCUGACAGUAAUGUGGAGUCCGUAUGUGAAUUACGUGGAGUCUGCUUGUCAACUUGGUCACUAUGGUUUCCUGAGUUCACUGACCUUUAACCUGGUGCUCUUGUUGCUAUGCGCCUAUCACGCGAUUAAAGGAAGAAACGUCAAGGAUAUAGAUACAACGCACGAGAAUAAAUUCAUCAACAUCUGCGUCUACACGUCUAUUGUUCUAUGGCUAGGUUUUCCCGCGUGUUAUUUCACGUCAGACAAGCUUAUCGUUCAGUCCAUCAUUAUAUGCAUCGCUUCCAUAACUAAUUCCGUCAUAUUUCUUUGUCUGCUGUUCGGAUCUAAAGUUUACACAUUGUACAACCCGAUCCCGGAAAACUCGGUGGGACAGCAACCACCAGCACGUCCAGCCACCGCUACAGAAACCCUGAAUACUCUCGACCUAAGAAGAGCAUCAUUUGAUGACAACACAGCACAACUUACAACCUCGAACAUGUAGGAUGCAGACCACCAAUUACUUCCCUUAUCUUCACCAACAAAUGUAGCCCCCCUCUCUCUCUUUCUCUCUC